AUGAGUUCCAGCACGGACUCUUCCACUGUGGAUCGAGUUAUGGCAACCACUACCCGAUCUCGCAACAUGACACAUCCGCGGAAACGAGCCGUUACCGCAUGCGAGCAUUGUCGCGCUCGAAAGAUCAAGUACACGAAUGAACGACACGAAUGCCGCUCGUGUGUUCGCUUGGGGGCGAGAUGUUCCUAUGACCAGAGAGUGAACCAUUCAUCAUUCGACCCAGCUAGCUUGCUGAUCCUUGAAAAAUUGGAUCAAGUCCUUCGGAGACUAGGCCGCGAUCCUAAUCCCCCGUGUCACGAUGUACCCCCAUCGGACGGUUUGAUGCGCGGUCAUGACACCAACGUUCAUACAGCCCCGGGGACAAUGAGUGAAGGAAGGAGUGGCCUUGAGGGUCAAGGACGUCGGGCUCUUGAUGGACUGCAGGUUCCUUCUUCAUUCGCUUCCACCGAUUCUGUAUUCGCCUGGACUGCCUUUGGUGACCGCGGCGUCGGGCAAUCCCUUCCAGCUACCACCAGAACAUGGCAGUCUAAAAAGCGUGGUGGCAUUUGCGAGGGUGAUAUUCCGAACCUCAUUACCAGUUUUCUGCACCUAGUUCACAUCAAAAAUCCAAUCUUGGACUCCAAAUCGAUUAAGCCAUAUGCGUAUAGAGUCGCCGAGAAUGGGCUUGGGUGGGAUUCAUCUUCAUGCUUAGUAUUAUUGGCAUGUGCGCUAGGUGCAGUUGCGGCCCCAUUUGAUCCAAGGACCGGACCUCUUGACCAACACCAGUCGACCCCGGCGCAUGUUAUCGAAAGUGAAAAGGUUGUAGCGAAGAACUCUUAUCAGCUUGCCUGUCGAAGGCUCAGUCUUUUGGGUCGGAGCCUCCUCGCCUCCCAAUGCUACCUUCUAUCUGGAAUUUAUCUCAUGUACACGAUACGCCCUCUGGAAGCAAGGUUUCAUUUUCACCAAGCCUCGUCGAUCUACGCCAUCUACCUUAAAGGCCAAGUCGCUCUUCAGCAACGGAGGGAACUUGACGGCCAGCUUCUGGGGUCAGCCAAUCGCCGGCUAGAACAGCGCUUGUAUUGGACCUGCUUCAAAUGGGAAUGUGAAAUUCACGUAGAGCUAGAUCUUCCCGCAUCAGAGCUCGCAACAUUGGCGUAA